AUGUUGACUCGACGAUUAUUUUCUACAUCUACUGCAGUAGCAGCUGAUUACUAUAAAGUUACAUUAAAACGAUCUACCAUUGGCCUUCCAAAAGAUAUUCGAACCACCACAAAAUCACUUGGGUUAUUUCGUUUACAUCAAACAACUUAUAAGCCAGUGAACGCUAGUAAUGCAGGUCUGAUUCUUAAAUUGAAAGAACUAGUAGAAGUUAAGCUUGUUGAUCAUAUUCCAACAAAAGAAGAAUUAAAAGCAUUUAAACCACCAAGAGGAUAUACAGUAGUUGGUAGCAAACUAUAA